CUCCCAUUACUGAGUGCUGUGUCGGCUGUCAAACGAGAAAUGUGAAAAAUCAAACUGCGUGUGUUUUGGAUUUCUUUUCCCUUGUAAACCCGCAAUAAAAUAAUUUGCAAAAGUAGCAGCAGCCCUUUUGCUCUGUCCGGCUUCUGUUCGCCGUAAACUCUCAGGAUCGGAUCACGAACAGUUUGCAGCUCUCAAAAUAAACCUAUCUACAGAAUGGAACCAUUCACUUGCUUCAUGGAUGUGGAAAAUUCCCGCUCCUACAUUGACGAGCUGUACUCGGAGGAAAACUGCAAAUGUCAGGAAGCGAUCGUCUGCCUCAAGAAUGCCGUCAUCGGUUCGAACAAAAAGAAAGGAUCGAUCAUAUCGCAGGGAAUUGUGCCGCGGUUGAUUGCGCUACUGUGUAAUGCCGGAAAGCCGCUCCAGCUUCGUAUCGAUGCCGGCAUUGUGCUUGGAUCGCUUGCCAAGGGUACCGAAUCGCAGGUCCACUCGCUGAUGCGCUUCAACACAGUCGAGGUGCUGAUAACGAUCAUUUUCGAUCCCAACACGAACGAACGGCUGAUGGAAACGUGUCUGGGGGCGUUGCAGACGAUAGUGCAGUAUCCUUUCGCACCGCUGGAUCUAAUUCACUCGGAUAUCAAUAACAUAAAGCGUUUGAUUCAAAUUGCAUCACCAAGGAGCAGCUUUGCGUGCCAGAUGUACGUGGUAAACAUUUUCGUUCCUCUCUGCCACUCCUCGCAUCAACAGAAGAACCUAUGCCAGGCGGAUGUGAUACCGUUUCUAGCGCGGCUCAUGAUCUGCGAUAACACGACGCUGCAAGUACCUGCACUGAAAUGUUUGGCAGCGAUGUGCUUCACCAACAAGUCGGUGUCGAACAUCGUUCACGCUACGUACCACGCCGAUCGAUCCAUUCUGGACAUUCUGACCGCACUGCUCUCGCGGACGCGCGACGUACAGGUGCAGCUGUCUGCCAGUCGGUGUCUCACGUAUUUGCAUCGCGCCGGUUCACUGCCGGCCGAGGACUAUCGGAUCGUUUACAAAACGUUACCCUGCCUGGCCCGGCUCUGCUCGGACGAGUUCGAGGAGGAUACGCGUGCGACGGCCGCGGAAACGCUCGCCUAUCUGGCUGAAAUCGACUCCGAGCUACAGCGGUUGGCCGCAAUUAGCAAUCAUUUGAUCGUGUCGCUUGCGAAUCUGGUUAAAUGCCCGUCGGUGUUGUCGAGACAGGGCGCUUUCCGCUGCUUUGCAUCUCUCGCGGCCAAUGAUGAGGAAAUAAGAAAGCGCAUUAUAGAGAUGGAUGGAUUAAUGGAGGAGGUGCUAAGCGGAUUGAAGGAUGGUUGUCCGGAGGUUCGACUAUCCGCGGUACGAUGUCUUCAUUCACUUUCGCGUUCGGUGCAACUACUUAGAACCACUUUUCAGGAUCAUUCGGUGUGGCGUCCGCUGAUGGAUUUGUUGUCCGGCGAUCCGUCACUUGAGUUGCAAACCGUUGUCACGUCGACGAUUUGCAAUUUGCUACUAGAAUUCUCACCUGCCAAGGAACCAAUGCUCGAAUCUGGUGCCGUCGAGAUGCUUUGCGAGCUUACGAAACAUCCGGACCCAGCGCUCAGGUUGAACGGAAGUUGGGCUUUGAUGAAUAUGGCCUUCCAGGCCGAACAACACGUAAAAACAAAAAUAAUCAACACACUAGGAACGGAUAGGAUAUUUCAAUUGCUGGGCGAUCGGGAUGAGCGUGUCAUUAUGAAAACGCUCGGGCUGUUGCGCAACCUACUGAGCAAUACUCUUCAUAUCGAAACGAUCAUGUCGGAACAUUCGAGUGAAGUUUUGAGGGCGGUGAGUCUCGUGCUAGACGAUCCACACCCACCGGAGGUAAAGGAACAAGCUAUAAUAAUCAUAGGCAACAUAACGGCGGGCGCACGAGAUGAAGAUUAUGUGCUGCAGGAUGAAAAGAUUGUCAAGAAGAUCAGGGAUUUUUUGGUCGCCAACGACAAUAAACUACAAAUGGGUGCCGUGUUUGUCGUGCGAAACCUGCUAGAUAAGAGCGGCCGGCAGCACAUACUGCGACAGUGGGGUUUUCUCGAAAAUCUCGAACAGCUACUACACAUGACACCGCAACACUCGCAGUUCUAUGAGGACAUACGGGAUGAAAUUUUAAGGUUUGACUACUCAGAAGACCAUUGAAAGCAAUUUGUUGUUAUCGUUUUGUUACUAUUAUGUUCUCCUUCCUCUUCGUCCACUCUUGAUUUCUUUGUGCGCGAAACGAUCGUAUCGUGAAGGUUGUGUUUCCAUAUUUGGAUUUCCGCUAAUGCCCCCUUCAGGUUUGAACCAUGGACUCGCCUAGCGAUAAUGGGGCAAAUGAUAGGUGUUAGUAUUAUAUUUCUUUUAUGAGACAAUUCAUUGAAUAUUUUCUCUUAUUGCGAUGUUACGGAUACGGUGUAUGCUUAUAUUUGCUCUAAAUCUGGAUAAACCGACUCCCUCUCCCCAUAGUUUGCUAGUACAUUUGUAGGUGGUAAGAAACAGAAAAACAGCACACCUUUUUUACCAGAAAGGGGAUAUUUGAAUGAGACGCAAAACAGAUCGAAGACAAAUCAAACAAUAGUGACAGAUUUUCAGCGUAAAAUGCUCUAACCGGAACGAUUGUAAAUAUCCGCAAAAUUAGCCAUGCAUCAUUUUAUGUGCUCUACCCUCUUUUGGGCAAACAGAUUUAUGCAUGGAAUGCAGGAUAGGUCUGUAAGCUAAAAGGAUAGCUAUCCGUGGAAGCGAUGUUUUGUUUCCAAACCACUAAUCCGAGAGGAGUAGAAUGCGGUGUCGCCGAGCGCUUGUUAAGUUUACUCUAAUUUUAUUAAUUUAUUUAGGAAACGGUGUCAAAAAUUAACCAACACAAAACCCACUAUACAGAACCAGUGAAAUUCGUACAGGCAUGCUCUACAAUGGCAAGGAGGAGAAAGGUUUGGUGUAAGCGUACAACAUUUUUUGAAGGGCAAGGAGAACAAUUCAUUCGAGGCAAACAUCCUUUUUUGUCCGACAGAAAGGUGUAUGAAACAGGCAGAGAACAGUACAGUACAUUCAACGAGUAUCGAUCGAUAUGUGUUUCACAUUUUACUUUCCCUAAACAGAGCAGUGUAUAGCAUAUGGAAGCAACAGUCUCUCUCUCCCUUUCUGGGUGGUACGGAAUGAAUGAAUGUGAUCGUUGUUUUGUUUAGUUGUUGUAGAAGCGGGAAACAUGCCUUUUGGAUACAAACAUCAUGAUUGUUGGUAGCAAAGGGAGCAUGUGUGCUGAGAUAAGGAAGGAGAAAAGAUACGCAAAAAAAAAUGGAGAGAAGAGAAGAGACACACAAUAAAACGGAUUAAAACAUAAACACUAAAGCGUAACAAAUAUCUUGUAGAAAACUUUCGCAAGUUUGUUUGUAAGUAGACACUUGGUUUUAUUCACUCUCGGAUAAAAGUACACUCAUAAGCAAAUGUA